GUUAGGCACAUGUCUUGUUGCCUUUCAGUUGGUCUACGUUCUACAUGGCUCGUUGAAAGGAGGACAUGUAUAUACGUGCGAACGUUUGGUUAUCAUCACGUCGAACCUAAGAGGAUCCCUCAUCCCCUAGGUCCGGGACAUUUGUGGCGGAAGUGCUACUUCGUGCAUCCGUCUACUCAAAUUCCACAAGCUGAACAGAAAUCCUUGUGGUUGACGAACAGUGCGUUACAAGACGGUCUCCCAGCACUGUAUUCUAACUCUGUCAAUAUCCCGUAUGAUGACGUCAGGAAGUCAGUCAAGGAGGCGAUUGACCAGAAUGUUGUAUAUCAACGUAACACGAGUCUUACUGUAAGACAGAAACUGUUGAGAGACGAGAUAUCGACGGGACUAGUUCCCGCUGUGAUGAACGCCAUCUACAGUCACAGCGAUUCGUCGCUGCCUCUGUGGUGUCACGUGACCCAUCGUCCGGAAAUUGAGACAUACUGGAAAAAAGGUGGAAACAACUUUCUUCUUCAAGGAAGCCCGGAUUAUCUUAUUCGGACAUCUCUCCCUCUUCCGGUGUUCAUGCCAGUUUGUGAUAUCCGACCUCUUCCAGACAACAGACCGACAUACAGACCCGUCAAUCUCCAGUUGUUUCAGAGAUCGUUCGAUACGAUAGACAUUUUUGGAGGCUUUCGUUUGGGAUCGAAACGACCCUACCCUCACACGCAGAUCAUCAUCGAUAUGAGGAGUCUCAAUAGUCGAGAUCAGAUGGUAGCACAUGCAGCACGAGCUCAAUUUGGAUUGACCGCAGCACAUGCAAUCACCGUCCAACUGUAUGAGCAACAGGGAAGUUAUCCUAUCAAAAUGCCUGAGAUCCUCGAUGUGCCCAUUACGACUCAGUGUGUCAUCACAAAUGGUCACAUGUUUGCAUUUGCAUGUUAUCAGCUGAAUGGUCUGGAUUUGGAUCAGCACGAUGUGCCCAACUUGUUGUGGGUUCGUGGACCGUUUUCUCUGUAUGAAUCACUGGAUGUUGAUGAGGGCGCCAUUGGUGUUAAUGACGACUGUGUACAACUACUGACAUCGUUUUUGUUGAAUCCUCUAGUGGAAUAUAAUUGUAGGCAAUUAGAUAGUGGCAGUGAUCAAGAGGUGGUUCCUUUAAGUGAAAAUUAAUAAAAUAUUUUUUGAUG